UCACAAGAGAGCUCUCGCAAUCUCCGCGCUUCAGUUCUGCUGCAGCAACGAACCAGCUUGGUUCACACGAUGGCGUUCCUCUUCACAACACUUUGCCUUCUACUGCCCCUGCUAGGGCUACUAUACUAUUAUGUGCGUCGUAAAUUUGCCUACUGGGCGGACCGGGGCGUACCAUACGUUCCCGGUUCCCUUCCGAUGGGAUCGUUCAACGACAUGGGCUCCACGAAGCACAUUGUCGAACUGUUGGACGCAAUAUACAAGCAGUACCGAAACACUCAUAAGGCCGUUGGAAUGUUUCUCAGUAUCAAUCCGAUCCUGUUGGCGGUCGAUCUGGAACUGGUGAAGCAGAUUCUGGUAAAGGAUUUUAACAGUUUUCACGACCGGGGAAUGUACUUCAACGAACGGGAUGACCCCCUGGCGUCGCACAUGUUCUCGGUCGAAGGCGAGAGGUGGAGAUUUUUGCGGAACAAGCUGAGUCCGACGUUCAGCUCCGGUAAGAUCAAGUAUAUGUUCCUGACGGUUCGCGAAAUCGGAUUGGAGUUUCUGGCCAGCUUCGAGCCUUUUAUGGAGCGGAAAGAGCCUGUGGAGAUCGGUAUCCAGGCGCAGAAGUUCACAUGUGACGUCAUCGGCUCAUGUGCGUUCGGGUUGAGUUGCAAUGCUCUGAAGGACGAAAGCACGGAGUUGCUGGACAUUGCCGACAGAGUCUUCAAUCCAAAACCUUUAGAGAUGAUGUACAUGCUUUUGCUGAUUUGCUUCCGGAAAUGGGCCGUGAAGCUGCGACUGAAACAAACUCCAGCCGACAUUGAGAGAUUUUUCGUGGGCAUGGUGCACAAAACAGUUGAGCAUCGUGAGAAGAACAACAUUACCCGAUCGGAUUUCCUGCAGCUCUUGAUGCAGUUGAAGAACAAAGGCACGCUCGAAGAAGGUGAAGAAGAUUCGAAGGAGACUAUCUCCAUGAACGACGUAAUCGCCCAAGCGUUCCUCUUUUUCUUCGGUGGCUUUGAAACGUCGUCGAAGGCCUUAUCGUUUGCUCUGUUCGAGUUGGCUCUUAAUCCCGAGCUUCAAGAGAAAGCUCGCGACGAAGUUCAACGAACUCUCGACAAGCACGACGGUCUCUUGACUUACGAAGCCUUGAAGGAUAUGACGUAUGUGGAACAAAUUGUUCACGAAUCCCUCCGGAAGUACGCCCCCAUCGGAAACGUAAUUCGCAAGGCAAACGAACCCUAUCAGAUCCACUCGCCGGACAUCAUCCUGGAAAAGGGAACGAUGGUUAUGAUUCCGGUCCACUCGAUCCAUCACGACCCAGAGAUCUACCCGGACCCAUCGCGAUUCGAUCCGGAUCGAUUUACCCCGGAGGCCAUCAGUGCCCGUCAUUCGCACAGUUUUUUGCCAUUUGGCGAUGGACCCCGUAAUUGUAUCGGAAUGCGAUUUGCCUUGCUGGAAGUGAAAUUUGGGAUUGCUCAGUUGCUGAGUCGGUUACGCUUUACCGUCAAUGAGAAAACGCAGCUACCGCUGCGGUACGAUCCGAAGGCUAAUGUGGCCUCGGCGCUGGGCGGACUUUGGUUGGAUGUGGAGAGGAUCUAGAGGAGUUGCAGAUGGUUGGAAACAAGCGGUUUCAUGCCUUUCGUCUACUGAAUUCUCGUAUGUUCAGCUCUACAUUGUUUUCAUAAAUGUGCCAUUAUUUAGCGUACUAUUUGGUAUUACUAUUUUAAGUUCAGUGAUUAAAUUUUGAAAGCUUAUCAAAAUUAUAUUUGCACAACGAAUUAUCUUAUUGUCCGAUACUUAUAUGUAAUAAAGAAUCGCACUGAUAUUAAU